GGCCUGGGCUUUAAACCAUUCAUACCCUGUCGGUAACUAUGACAACCUCCAUCGUUCUCAGCCAAUCACAAUCUUGCUUUUCCGUCUCCCGUACACGUUUUACGCCAUCUUGAAAUUACACCCGCAGUUUGUCAAGUCGCUCCCAAUUUGGAAAGCACAACAACUCUUUUCAUUAUCGCCACAGUUUCCGGUAUGAACAGUUCUCGAAACAAACCGACACAGGCAGUCGGCAAGGGACAAGCGGACGCAGACAGCAGUUCGGAGACGACCCACCGGGAUCGAAAGAUCGGAGGAGGUAUGCUGAAGAAGCUGAAGUCGAGGCGCAGUCAAACGGAUAAGUGGCCUGUGGUCACAGAGGAUGAACUCCGGGCUCUGGGAAGAGAUAUUUCCCCGGACCAUGUCCUGGGUCUCCGGGCUGUCACGGAGGACUAUCUUUGCAAACCUGAAGACAAUAUCUACAACAUUGACUUUACACGUUUCAAAAUCAGAGAUCUGGAGACAGGGACAGUCCUGUUUGAGAUUGCCAAGCCUCCCAACAGUGGUCCUAUGGAGAGCGAAGAGGAGAGUGGAGAUGUAGACACUAGUGCAGGACGUUUUGUCAGAUACCAGUUUACGCCAGCCUUCCUAAAACUGCGCACUGUUGGUGCAACUGUCGAGUUCACAGUGGGUGACCGGCCAAUCAACAGCUUUCGUAUGAUUGAGAGGCAUUACUUCCAGGGGCGCCUUCUCAAGAACUUUGACUUUGACUUUGGCUUUUGCAUUCCUAAUAGCCGCAACACAUGUGAACACAUUUAUGAGUUUCCACAGCUUCCAGACGACCUCAUUCGCCUAAUGGUGGAGCACCCUUAUGAGACCAGAUCAGACAGUUUCUACUUUGUGGACAACAAACUCAUCAUGCACAACAAGGCAGACUAUGCCUACAAUGGUGGUCUGUAAUACCUGAUGUGAAAAUGUGUGCAAUACCUCCCAGGGGAUUGAUUUCUUGGAUUACAACCAUCAGAAAGCUUUUCAGUGGACAGAAGUAUUCUCUCCUUUGUGGACAUUCCUACAAACAUGACAACAUACUUCAGAAUCAACAGACCACAUCUGCCUUGUAAUGAAAUCAUGGAUCCAUUCAUCAGUACCUCUCAGAGCUCCGUUUCUGGGACUCAGAGGAAUGUUCUGUUAAAUAUUUCUCUGUUAAAUCUGAUUGAAGCCUUUUUGUUCUGUCUUUCAGUUUGUCAUACAAGUAUCAUGUUACUGCUUGAACACUUUUUGCCUUUUUUUUGUCUCUGUCUCUGCUGGAAAGGGACAUGUUGAGUCACAGACUUUCUCAUGGCAAAGCCCAUAGACUGUGUUAGUUACUACUUAAUUUACUUAAAUAUAUAGAUUUUAUCAGUUGCAGUUUAUUUGAACCACCUCUUGCCAUUGACCGCUGUGUUUCCCAUAUGGAAAAGCGAGCAUUAACUAGAUGUUUUACAGUAUUGUUAGUCAUAGAUGAUCAUGUAGCACUAGUUGAAAUUGUUUGAGUUUCAUUGCUCCUUAGAUAUCUACUAUCAGUUGUGAGUAAUUGAGACUGUUUUUGUCAGAUAUUUAAGCUUGGUGUUCAUUUUAUAUGGUACAUUGUUAGGUUGACCAAUCUCUUCAACAACAGCAUGCAGUCCUUUCACAAUUUCAGAUGUCAUCUUCAUCUUGCUAGAAUCUGUUACAUUUUUAUGACAAAAUCUUUUUAACAUCAUGGCUGUCGACUGGGAAUCUAGUGCCUGUCAAACUCUGGGAUACCUGAAUAGGACAUGGUAGCAGCAGAAUCUAAGUUACUUGACUUGAUACAUCUUUCUUUAAAUGCCGUCCAUGUCUAAAACUAUUUGAUCUGUUUACCCACUCCAAUGUGUAAUCACAGAUAUUUAAUCCCUUGAGGUCUGUUUCCCUGGUUCAUUUAGUACAACAGCACUGUGAAUCCCACUCUGAAGGAGUUGACUUUGGCCAAUGGGGUGGUGUACCUAUUAGUAGCAUACAACUUGACAGUACAGAGUUUUGUAGUUUGGUAGUUGAUUUAUUUUUAAUCAGGGUUGUUUAUUUUUAAUCAGGUCCUGGGGUUGAUACAGAAGUUGACCUGUCUCUUUCGAUUCAUGGAAGCCCUGCUUAAAGACCAAAUCGGUGGUUUUGCACAAUUUAUUGUAAAUGUUCUACGUUCACUACAAAUUGUGUAAUAUUUUUUAUUACACACAAGUCUAUUAAGUACAAUGUAAUGAAACUUUUCACAACAGUCCUGCAAUAAAUCCUACUUAGUUAGAGCUAUUUGUAAGUUUUGCUAUUGCUACAUAGCCAGCUUUAGCAUAAACAGCUGUUUACUUACCAUUCAGCCAUCAUUGCAUUUACAGUACAAGAGGUUAUACACCCUCUGAGCAGGGCUGCUCCCUCAGGGCAGUCUGAACGAUACAUUGACUCUGUAUUGGAAAGUGAAGAGAUGGGUCAAUUGGGCUGCAGCUAGCCAGCUGGUUAGCAUGCAAAUUGCAGAAGAAGAAAAUAAGUGAUAGAAUUAAAAGCAAAAAAGGACUUGGUUUCCACCACUGGAGACCGGUCUUGGUGAGUAAAAGAACGAAAUGUGAUGCUGAACGUGCAACGUUUCUUCUAGACUAUUAAGUAAAUAGCUGUUAAUGCCACCAUUUGCCAUAUAGCAUUAGCAAAACUUACAAACAGUUCCCUUAAGCAGAUUAUGCUUAUUUGUUGACACUCAGAGAAGUGUUCAUUCAAGUCCAUGGCCAUUCAGGAGGCACUGAUACUGUUAAAUUAUUCUGCAUAUACUAAAAGGUGUUCCUUAAAUCUGGUAACUCGGUGUAAAAGUGUCUGAUAUACGCCAUAAAUCAUUCAACAAUGAAAAGCUUGAAAAUAGUCACUGCUUGCAAUGUAAUUUCCAAUGUAAAUAUCCACUGUGAUUAUCUCGUUCAAUAUUACUGAUUUUCAUAUUGCACAGAAAAGAAUGAAAAUCAGCAGCUACCUGAAAGGCUAGAAGUGAGUCUUAAACCUUGUAGAUGGUCACAAUUGCUCUAAGAGUGGGAUAUGUAAUUUGCAGUUAAUCGGUUAAAUCAUGCAAAACCACCGAAACGGUCUGAUAAUCUUUUUCCAUGCUCAAAUGAUCUGGGCUUCCUUUUACUGUACAUUGUAAUAUUGAUUCCCUGUGCCUUGUAUCCAGGCGUUCAUUGUGUUUUUUAAUGUCUGAGAACCUCGCGUUUCAUCCUGCUGAAGGCAAGCGCUGCAGUACGAUGCUCCUCUCACCCAAAAUAAGGUGAAGGGAAGAGAAUUCAGCUCUUCACAUCACACUCUCUGAUGAAUAUAAUAUUUUGCAGCAUCUUGCAGUACUGCCAUGUGUGAAACAAGGGACAUCAUAUAGCCUAACAUAAGACAUUUCAAAUACUCAACGUGUUACAAAAUUGUCAUCAUUACGUAGCCCAUUAAUAACAUUCAACAAGUGUGAUGUCAGGCACACACGGCCGUAAUCUUUGCUCCAUGACCCUAUACAACCUCAAUUGUUUUGUCAGUUGGACUCAAUGGGUGUUUGUCGGUUGAACUGCUGGGAAGCAGCAGUGAUGGUGUAGUAGUUCAUAACACUACAUUUGUUUUGCCAUACAGUAUCAGUCAGUGGUAUUUUAUCUUAAAUUCUGAUUAUCUAAAUGCCUUGAGAAGUGAGUACACUUUGUGUAUCUGCACAAAAAGACUACAUGACUGACUGUAAUUCCUCUUUUUAUAUUGGCUGCUUUUACAAAUGAUACACAUGUCAUAAUAGAUUUAUCGUUAAUAAAAAUGUCUGACAAAACAUAU